AUGCUCCCUGGCCCCUCCUCCCGCCCGGCCCACACCCUGCCCCCCAUGCUCCCCCCUCGCUAUCCCCUCCUCCCCCUCGACCAGCACCCCGUCCACGACUCGUACCUCUUCGCCGGCUCAGCCAGCACAGAUCUCGUCUCCACCCUCUCCCGCUGGUCCCUCAGCGCGCCCGACUUUCUGCUUCCCUUUCACCACGCCGCCCUCCACCAGCCCUUAGAGCUCGCUUCCCCAGCCGCCGGCUUCUCUCCCACGCCGUCCGACGCCUCCUCGGUCCUCUCCUGGGACGCCGACCCCUCCCCUGCUCCCGAGUUUACCCAUGUCGUAUGCAACGCGCCCCUCGUCGCGCCCGUACCCCUUCCCUACCACUCCCCCACCUUCCUCCAGUACGACCUCCCCGACGAUGACGAGGACCUGUCGCACCCGCCAUACACCCGCCGCCCCCACAAGCGCAAACGCGAGGAGGAUCAGACGGAUGUCGACGCCCUCGGCGCCGUCCCUGCCAAGCGGCGAUCGGUCGGCAGCGCAGAAAUACGCGCCCAUCGGCCGCAGCGUCACCUCCCCGUUCGCGAGCCCCCUCUGCGCGGCGUAGUCAGACAGGGUAGACCGCGGUAG